AUGCAGAUCGAUGUGGCUGAACCCGUUAUUUCCAUGCAAUCAUCUAAUGCUUCUUCAGACUGGAACUUCACCGCGGUGAUUGACCUCCUCCACACCCCAACACGGCCGAUCAACGCCACUUCAUCCGAACAUAAUAAAGAACCUUCGCGGACACCGCAGGAUACCCUCGGAGGUCAAUGUCUCGGUGACUUUACCCGGCUAUGGGACUUUUUGCACCCAUCUACAAUGCUUCCCGAGUUACCUGGUGGCAAUGUUUCGACAACCAAGGUGCGGGACGAGCCUUCGAGUGGGCUUCCAUCAAGGCCAUUGUCGAUAUUGAAACGUCCUACAGAGACCGACGUCUCCGGUAACUCGGCCGAUGUCCUGUCUGACUCGACUGCGGUUGAGUCCGAUGGCGAUCUCAGUGUGUUUGACUCCGUUGUGUCGAAUAACUCGACCUUGUCAUUCAUCCCAUCCCAAGUAAAUCAUGGUGGAAAGGGUAGAGUUCACACAGUGUUGACACCGCCUUCGUCCUACGAAGAAGACAGUACAUUACCCUCCUUGAUUCCCAAGAAAAUCAUCACCACCACGACCAAACAUACGGGUCGACCUGGCUACAAAUCGGCAGUAGAACGCAAAGCAGGACUUGUGUUCAAACUCAGCAAACAAUUUCCUGAUUUCAGUAUAUAUACGCCACCCCCCACGUCCAAAUAUUCCAAGGCCCCAUCUAAAGUUCACGUCUUUGUCGAUCUAUCCAAUAUAUCCAUCGGUCUUCAUGACAGUUACAAGACCCAGCACGGCAUCCCAGUCAGCACGCACAUCAAACGUCUGCCCUUGUCAUUUCACAAUUUUUCCCUUAUCCUCGAACGCGGCCGCCCUGUAGCCAAGCGAGUGCUUGCAGGAUCAGAUCGGUUCGCCGCUAUCAACGAAGCCGAGACGCUCGGUUAUGAGGUUAAUAUCCUCAGUCGAGUUCACAAAGCGAAGGAAUGGACGCCACGACAGUUGAAAUUCCGCAAUACCCUUGUUCCAGGAGGAGGAGGCUCAGAAAUGGGCUCCUCUUCCGAAAGAUGGGUUGAACAGUGUGUAGACGAAAUUCUACACUUGAAAAUGCUGGAGAGUCUGGUUGACACCGAUAAGCCCGCGACGAUUGUGCUGGCCACUGGAGACGCGGCGGAAGCCGAGUUCUCCGGUGGGUUUUUGAGGAUGGUUGAGCGUGCAUUGCAGAAAGGUUGGAGUAUUGAGCUGGUCAGCUUCGCGAUGAACACAAGUUUUGCUUACAAACGGAAGGAAUUCCGGGCAAAGUGGGGGGCGCGAUUCCGAAUGAUUAACUUGGAGGAAAUUGAGGAAAAGGCCGAGCCGAAAAUGUCGUCCUGCGAAGAGAAACAAGGUACUACGCCGCCGCCAGUCUUCCUCCUAAAAACACCCUCAACGCCCAAGGACGUGUACGAGGAAUACUUUCGCACUCAAUCCUUCCCUUCGAGGCGGCCCGAUGGUGAUUGUGCAGCAAAUCACAAAUAUGACCCCAUCUUCGUGCCUGUACUAUCGCAUCGAUUCCAUGCGCAGAAUCUGGGGGUCCUGAAAUCCUAUUUUUUAACAUCAAUCUCAAUGACAAGCGAUACGAGAGGAGAAAACAAUAACAACACUGAAAACUAUAGCAAUGCAUUCAGUGGACAAGCAAAGAAAUACGGCGGCAUGAUAUUCACCAGCCAACGAGCCGUGGAAGCAUUUGGACAUAUUCUGGAACAAGCAGAUAGCAUAUUCACGGACAUAACGACCUCAACCUCCAAAGACAUGAUUCUCUACACCGUCGGACCAGCGACAACACGCACACUAACCCCCAUCCGCGACAAAUAUCUGCCUUUUGCAACGAUUUGCGGUGACGAAUCCGGCAAUGGCGAGACGCUAGCGCACUUUAUAUUAAAACACUAUAACGAGCGUUAUAAUAACGCCACAACGACAGUCCGUCCGAAACCAGGAUUACUUUUCUUAGUCGGCGAACAGCGACGAGACAUUAUCCCGAAAACACUCAUGGGCGAGGGAGAAGACCACCUAGACGAGAAACGGCAGAUACAUGUUGACGAACUGGUUGUUUAUGAAACGGCUGAAAGGGAGGGGUUUGAGGGUGCGUUUCGAGAAGCUGUUGUUGAGAAGCAGCUGCAGGAUCGACAGCGGCAACGAAUGUGGACGGUUAUUUUCUCGCCGACGGGCUGCGAUGCUGUUCUCAGGACAGUCAAUGAAGCUUCUGGUGAUGAUGGAAGUACUACGGGAAGCAAAAGAAAGUGUCUAAUAGCAACUAUCGGCCCGACGACGAGAGACUAUCUGGUGAAAAACUACGGCUUUGAGCCCGACGUGGUGGCCCGAAAACCGAGUCCGGAGGGAAUUGGCGAAGGGAUUCUGGAAUAUCUUCUUAAUAAUGAAUGA